AUGAAAAUUCUGCGGCUCGGCGACAAGUACAUCCAGCAUGUUCUCAAGCUGGUCAGCCAUAGAGACUACCGCUUCUCCAAGGAGACAUGCGUAGUCACCGGUACGAAACUGGUCCGGGACCUGGGCAAGCGGUAUCGCUUCAAAGAAAUCAUCUGCAGCCGGCCGAGUCAUCCAGAUCUCGCAACAUUGAACUUUGAUGAGUUGCAUGUGACAGAGCCCCGGAUUUUACGGAAGAUCGCCGAGCUGGAAGAGUUCGAUGGCCUGAUUGGUACAUUGACGCUGCCUGCGCGACGCUCCAUCAAAGAGAUCACCCAUCCUCGUUUACUGUUGUGUCUGGACUACAUCGAAGACCCUGGUCUGAUGGGCACGCUCUUGCGCACGGCGGUGUCCUUCCAGUGGCAGGCCGUCUUCUUCCUGCCAAACUGCGCAGACCCCUUCAGCAGCCGCUGCUUAAGAGCUUCACAAGGAGCCUUGUUCAACAUCCCUCACUGCAAGGGGAACAUGGAGGAUUUGCAAAAGCUCUGUCGUCGCGGGCAACUGACUUUGAGCGUUCCCCACCCAGCUGGCGUGGACGUGA